AUGGAGGCCUCUGCUGUGCCGCCCGAGCCUACCGCUCUCGAACCCGUCCGCACCCGCAACGAUGCCGACCCUUCUGCUGGAGACGGCCGCGCCCAGCACCCACGUCACAGCCGAAACGUCAGUGCCGGCGACUCUCAAUGGCGCCGAGACAUGGACGUGGCCUCCCUCAGCACUGCUCAGCCGAGAGCAUGGCAUGCUGAGAUUGGCGGCGUCUCCAAGAUCUUCUUCAGACGCAUCGCUGGCCUCAACCCCUUCAAGACGUCCUACUUCUCGCUUUUCCGGCCCCUCAAGAGCUUCCAGGACCGGUUCAUACUCGUUGCUGGCGUCAUACUCGGCAUCGCCGCCGGCGUACCUCUGCCCUUGAUUGGCGUCAUUUUUGGCCAUAUCAUUGAUGCCUUCCCGCCAUCCGAACACGAACUCGCCGUGCGCAUUUCGCAACUGCUAGGAGUUGCUGUGGCAUAUUUCGUAGUCACCUGGGGAUGGGCCGUGUGCUGGGGAAUCAUUGGCGAAAGAACCUCCCGCGGACUGCGGGAGGCGCUGGUUGAGCGUGCUCUGGGAAUGGAAAUGGCCUACUUCGACGUCGAAGCGCCAGACAUGACCAGCAUCCUCACAGAGAAGACCCAGACUGUACAGCUUGGUACCUCGGAGAAGGUUGGCCUUUUCCUCCAGUCAAUCUCGUAUUUCGUCGCUGCUUUCACCGUGGGCUUCAUUCUGGACGCCCAGUUGACCGGAAUCCUUCUUGUGGCCGUCAUCCCGACCAUGUUCAUCAUCAUUACUUUCGGCUCCAAGACCGUCGCGAAGUUGCAGAAAAGUUCAGCAGAUGUUGCAGAAAACGCCGCUGCUAUCGCGUCGAGCGCCCUGAAAGCCGUACAGGUCGUCCAGGCCUUUGGCAUUGGAGACAAGUUGGCGGACGAGUAUCUCGCGCUCCUGAAGAGCUCCGUCCGGAUUGGCGUUCGAAAGUCGAUCGCUGGAGCAGCUAUGCUUGGAUGUGUCUACUUUACCGCGUACUCGGCCAAUGCCCUUGCUUUCUGGUAUGGCACUAAACUCCAAGAGGACAGGGGCGCGGAUGGCGGUGCAGGCACAAUCUAUGCGGUUGUGUUCCUCAUCCUCGACGCGUCCUUUGUCGUCGGCCAGUUCGGACCUUUCAUCCAGACCUUCGCCAUGGCAGCAGGCGCUGGCGAGUCCAUCUUCGAAGUCUUGGACCACGCAGAUCCGCAUAUCGAUGUGUAUGCCGACGAUGGUGAGACGCCUGACGCAUCUGCCUUCGCGGGUGGCAUUCGUUUUGAGAACGUCACUUUCGUGUAUCCUGCGAGGCCCACCGCAAGGGUUCUGAACCACGUCAACCUCAAUUUCCAGCCCGGUGCUGUGAAUGGCAUCGUUGGUACCUCCGGCUCUGGCAAAUCCACUGUUGCUGGCCUCCUCCUGAGGUUCUACGAUCCAUCCUCGGGGAAAGUCACCAUUGGCUCAAAGGACAUCAAACAACUGAAUGUUCGUGGACUUCGUUCUCGAAUCUCCAUGGUGAACCAAGAGCCGGUGCUUUUCUCUGGCACCAUCUUCGAAAACAUCAAGUAUGGACUUGACGAGGACCACGGUCUCUCCGAAGAAGAGGUUCUCCAGCGUUGCGAAGAGGCUGCACAAGAGGCUGCUUGCGAUUUUUUCGACAUACUUCCUAAUGGCAUCCAUACUAUGAUUGGAAGCUCGGGUCACACUUCGUUGUCUGGCGGUCAGAAACAACGGAUUUGUCUUGCAAGGGCUCUGGUCGGCAACCCGUCUCUUCUGAUCCUCGAUGAAUACACUAGUGCCAUGGAUGCAACUAGCGAAGCUCUAGUCCUCAAAGCUCUGGACAAAGCCACAUCUGUAUCCGGUCGAACCACCAUCAUCAUCGCUCAUCGCCUGGCCACGAUCAAGAACGCCGCAAAGAUCAUGGUUAUGGAGCACGGAAACCUCAUCGAAGAGGGGACACAUGAGAGUCUGAUUGAGAUGAGCGGCACCUACAGCCGACUCGUUGAGGCCCAAAAGUUCGACAAGAGUCCUUUGGAUUCAAAGACUUCGUCAAUCACAGCGACACCCAGCAUUGCCCCCAUGACUACGGACAUGGACAAGGACACGGGAGCUCAUAUCGUUGAGCAAUUGCAACCGUCGGAGGCUACCGGACCCUCUAAGCCAUUCAGCAUCGCUCAAGUGCUACGCAGAGCUUUUCUUCUCAGCAAACCCGAGACUCCCUACAUCCUGCUGGGGCUUUUCGCAUCCAUGUGCAGCGGAGCCAUCAUUAUCGGCGAGGCGAUCAUUUUCGGAAGUCUUGUGUCGACUCUGAACACCAAAUUUGACAGCCCCGAUUUUGACCGUGAAGUCAACUUCUAUUGCUUGAUGUUUUUCAUUCUGUCUCUUAUCGCCCUGUGUGCGUAUGUGACGAGCGGGUCCUGCUUCGGCUUCGUUUCUCAAUGGCUCCUUUGCCGCAUCCAAGACACUUCGCUCAGAAAUAUCCUCAGACAGGAUGUAUCUUGGUUCUCGAAACCAGGAAGGUCGUCACACUCCCUCAUGUCGAGCUUGAGCAUGGAUGCUGGACAUAUUAGCGGUCUUUCCGGCGUCAUCAUCGGCACGAUCUUUUCCGUCUUUACAUCCAUUUGUGGUGGAAUCAUCCUUGCGCAUGUUGUCGCAUGGAAGAUUGCAGUUGUUCUGCUCGCUGCAGUCCCUGUCAUGCUUGUCGCGGGAUUUUUCAGGCUUCGCGUCCUUUCUCAGGCAGAAGAACGUCACGAGACUGCCUACAACGAUGCGGCAGCGUUAGCUUCCGAGGCUUGUGCUGCCAUCCGCACUGUCUCCGCACUUGGGCGAGAGCGCGGCAUCUUAAAGCAGUACAAGCACGCCAUUCAGGGUCCUUACCAGGAGAGUCUCAAGUUUACCCUGAUCGGAAAUAUUUUGCUUGCGUUCUCACUUUCCAUUACAUACUUUGUGUAUGCCCUGGCAUACUGGUGGGGUUCGAGGCAAGUGCGCGAGGGAAUGUACGGCAUGCGCGAUUUCUUCAUCGUGCUGCCAGCGCUUCUGUUCUCUGCGCAGUCCGCCGGCCAGAUGUUCAGCCUUGCUCCUGAGAUUACUCGUGCCAAAUCAGCGGCACGCAAUGUCUUCAGACUUCACGACGAAAAGCCCUCCAUCAUAGUCGAUGAUCAAGACGCGAGCGCAAGCUCACUGUCGGACAAUGAGGCCGAGAAGCCAAAGGCUGGGAGCAAGGGAACUCUGGAACUCAAAAAUGUCAGCCUUGCUUACCCCUCGAGACCCGACGUUCUCGCUCUCAAGGGCGUAAGUCUGUCUAUCCGGGCGGGUGAAUACGUCGCAUUCGUGGGACGAUCUGGCGCGGGCAAGUCAUCCUCGAUCGCUCUCAUCGAGCGUUUCUUCGACCCCACGUCAGGCACAGUGUUCAUGGACGGCGAGAACAUCAGAAACAAGGCGGUCCACUCUCAUAGGGCGAGGAUUGGUCUUGUGGAGCAGGAGCCGAAUCUGUUCCCUGGAAGCAUCAUGCACAACGUAUCGCUGGGCGCGAGGCCCGGGGACACGCCGACAAGAGAGGAUGUGGAAAGAGUGUGCAAGAUGUGUGCGCUGCACGAGUUUAUCAUGGGCCUGCCGGAAGGCUACAACACCGAGGUGGGCGCCAAUGGGGGCCGGCUAUCAGGUGGCCAGCGACAGCGGCUAGCGAUAGCACGGGCACUUAUCAGGAACCCGGAGAUCUUACUGCUCGACGAGGCUACCUCCCAGCUGGAUGCGACGAGCGAGAAAGAGGUUAGGAGGGCGAUCGCAGCCGCGUCGUCGGGGCGUACCACCAUCAUGGUAGCGCAUCGGCUGGCCAGCGUCCAGAAGGCGGAUCGAAUCUUCGUUUUCGAGAACGGCAGGAUUGUGGAGCAGGGCAGCCACGACGAGCUGGUUGCGCAAGGGGGCAUCUACUCGGGCAUGGUAGAGACGCAGCAGCUAACUUGA